GGAACAUGACAUGCAUGACAGCCAGCCUGAGGCUAGCUACAUACAUACUACUCCGGAGCCUGAGUUACUCUGAUACUCAUCCUGCACAGAGCGUCUCGACCCCGUUAUAGCACGAUUCUUCUUAUUGAACUCUUGACAACUGCUCAGUGUAUUUGCUGCUCGAGUGAUAGCCUUCAAAGUUCACAAGCGGAGUAAGCAAAUGGCGAAUGGAGCGCGGUGACCAUAUGCCUUCCACAGGCCCCGAGCGAGUCCUCAACUAUGUCGCGCCCUCUGAGGAGGUAGUCAAUGCCGCUUUCCGCGAUGGUUACAGUGUUAUAUGUGGCGUUAACGUCGAACGCCUCAUCGACGCCGCGCGUGCUGCCCUUCGCCUUCACAAGACAGCAGCUCCCAACGGCAUCCGUAUUCUUGCACAUGGUGCAUACAACAAGGUUUUCCUCAUCGAAUUCGGCUCGGCCUCCCUCGUUGCGAGAGUUCCACUUCCUCAAUCCGCAGCAGCUCGCGACCCCAUCCGGCUCAAGUCCUACGCCGCGACACUGGAGUUCAUGACUUCAUACAGACCAGACAUCCCUAUCCCUCAAAUCCUCUCUACUCAGCCCAGUCGUGCGAAUCCGGCAGGUGUGCCCUACAUACUAUCCGAAUACUGCAAGGGCACGUCGAUUGCUCAUCUAGAGUGGCACAAAAUGCCGAAUACGAGCAAGGGCAUGAUCGUCGAUUUAUUGGCCGAACAAUGGGCCAAAAUUGCCGCGCCUGUCCCUUUCAACGCGCUAGGAAGUAUCAUGGCCGAUGGCCCGAGCACAUCAUCUUGGAUGUGGCAGGGACACAGUACGCCACAACACACGUUCCGCAUCAUACCUAUGAUCCCACGAUUUCCUUACGACUCUACCACGUUACUCGACCCGUCGAUGGAGACGCGAUGCGGGCCCACCACUAUCGCUGAGCAAUGGCACUAUACCCUCGAUGUCGCAGGCCAUGCUAUCCAUCAGGAAAAUCCCCCCCUCAGAAUUGGCACCAACAGUGCAACAUCCACAAGAUCCACGUUAUUACUGCGAAUACUUACAGUUCGUACCCAUUCUGGCAGCCAUUCACAACAUUCUCCGUAUUAG